AUGGAGGCCAUUCGCCAGAAGAUCCAGAUCCCCGACUCCAUCAAGCAGCUCCCCGAACAGCUCAAGCCGAAGUCGCCAAAGGCGCUCGACAAGGGCUCCGAUUCCAUCCCCACCUCCCUCACGCCCACGCCCGUGUCGCCACCCCUCGCGACCCCGUCUCACGGCGACCUCGGCGCCGUCCUGACCAUCGCCUGCGCGGCGCCCAUCGCCGCCAAGCCCACCACCGUCCUCUCCACCGUCCUCAACCCGGCCACCUACCCGACCUGGAACACCUUCGUCCCGCGCGCCACCAUCUCUCGCCCCUCGGGCCUCGCCAUCCCGCCCAUGCUUGCAGGCGAGCCCUCCGUCGCCAAGCUCCAGCCCGGCGAGCUUCUCCUCGAGGGCACCCACGUCACCUUUGAGGUGCACCUGACGCUCGACCCGGCCAAGACGACGACCAAACAGGCCCUCGUCGUCACCAAGCUCGAGGAGUUCACCCGCGCCGCCGCCGAGGCCAACGGCGAGACCCACCGCGGCCGCAAGGGCUACCGCGUCUGCUGGAAGACGGGCGGCCUCGUGCCCCCCUUCGUCCUCAAGUCGGAGCGCGUCCAGGAGUUCCUCGAGACCGAGGACGGCAACGGCACCGAGUACCGCUGCUGGGAAACCUUUUACGGUCCCCUCGCCCAGGUCCUGCGUUUCACCAUG